AUGGCAUCUAUACUUGACAGAGACCCUGAUGCCGACAAGAAGAUGGGUCCCCGCAACUCCAUAGCGUCCGACUUUGCUGAAGAUGAGGUUGUCCAAGAUUUUGGUUACAGCCCCUCAUACGCCAGAGUCUUUCGUUCUCUGGGCGCCAUGUCACUCACAAUGGCUAUGGCCUCACCCAUGUGCGGCAUCUUCAUAGCUGUCUCUUACCAGAUCAACUAUGGUGGCUAUUGGGGACUGACUUGGGGCUGGUUUAUCCCUUCAUUCCUUUUCCUCCCGUGGGCUCUCACUACCGCAGAGUUCUGUUCAUCGAUGCCAGUCAAUGGUGCCAAUUAUUGGUGGACAGCUGCACUCGCACCUCCGUCGAUAUCCCGUCCUCUGUCUUUCAUCGCAGGCAUGGCCAACAUCAUGAAUUCCCUCACAAGCAUUGCAAGUUUUGCUUGGGCAUCGUCCAGCUCGAUCUGCACCAUUAUAGGCCUCUUCACCGGCUGGGUACCGACCAAUCCUAUCAUCUUUGCGGUCGCUAUAGCUACCUGCGCUGCAUGGUUUUUCACGGCAUCUAUUAGGAUGGAUAAAGCCAGCCUUGUUUUCAUCUCGUCGGCAACCCUUGUUCUCGUCUCCUCGGCCUGUUUUGUCAUUGGACUCCCCGUCGCCCAAAAGACCCAGAGUAUACCUUUUACUUCUGCCGCUACCGUCUUUGGAGACUACACCAACUACAGUGACUGGGAAAGGCCUGUUUCUGUUCCGUUCACCUUCUUCUGUGCCGCAUGGGUCAUUAAUGGUUGGAAUGCACCAUCAGUCGUGGCAGAGGAGACUCACAAUGCACGAAUAGUCGCACCUCGCUCCAUCAUCAACACGUAUUGUCUACAAGCAGGCAUGGGUAUGAUAUUUUGCACCUUGUUGGCUUUCUGUAUUACCGACAUGGAAGCAGCAGCAUCUGACCCUACCGGCUACGCUGCCUUUACUCUUCUGAUAGAGCGCUGGGGUCUCAAGGUCGCGGGAGCUUUCCUGCUCAUCAUCUUCCUGAACACCUCCAUCGGUGGCGCGGCCGUUUUGGUCAUGAUGUCUUGCCAGACAGCUGCCUUUGCACGGGAUGGGGGGAUGCUCUUCAACGAUAAACUCUCAUACGUCUCGCCCCGGAGCAAUAUGCCAAUUUAUACAACAAUGUUUCUCACGAUUGGUGGAAUGCUUAUGCUAUGUCUGGGAUUUUCUCCUAUUGCAUCCGAGACCAUAUACUCCCUUGCUGUCAUUGCUGUCAUGGUAUUGUACGCACUACCCAUGAUAUUCAGAGUCUUCGACAAUGGACGAUGGGUUCCGGGCCCGUGGAAUAUGGGCCGAUUUAGCAAGCCCGUUCAUGUCUUGGGUUUCUUGACGGUCGUCUAUAUGAUGAUAAUGGAAUGCUUCCACCCUCAGGCAACUUGGACUGGAGCGACGCUGAACUAUAAUUGGGCCGUGUUCUUGGGUGCUGUAGUGCUCUCUACCCUCCUGUGGUUUCCUCAUGGCUCCCGUUAUUACAAGGGGGUUAACCAAGAAAUGCUGAGGGCUUGGAGAGAGCGCGAGCAUGACCGCGGUUUGAGCCAGGAAGGUUCUGGCGAAUCCCGUAGCGAAACAUACAUUGAAGGAGUGAAGCCUUAG